AUGUUGAAACUUAUCGGUAAAGAAGGUACUGAUUUUAACGAAAAUCUAAAUUUGCUAGCUGCGGAGAAAAAAUUGAAACGUUACAGUAUGAGUACAAACGAGAAAAUUAUCAGAUUGUGUCUAGAACUAUUGACAGCAUUUGUAGGCAUUACACCAUUAGUACUAUUAUAUAACAUUACACAAGGUGGUUUCUUUGAUUUAUUAUAUGGAUUUCGGCAGGCUGAUGGAUUCAUGCUCCAAAUUUGGCAGUAUGGAUUGCUAGCAAUGAGUACAAUUUGCAUAUUGGCUGCAAUGAGAUCAAUCCAAAGUAUCAAAGAGACAUAUUUGCGAUGGCGUGUUGCACAUUCAUUCAGGAUAAUUGAACUAGACGCGCAUCUAUCUAAAUCGAUAGGUCCGUCAAGUUUGAAACAAAGUAAAAUAGCUUGGAUUACUGCCAUUAUGAUGGUUGUCAUUGGUGGUGCUGUCACUGCUCUACAUAAUACUGCAUUUACAAUUCAUAAAGGACAAUUAAUAACAGACACAUUUGCACAUACAAAGGUCAGUCCUGCAAGUGGAGGUUUGAGACUACUGUCUUCCCUUCAAUUUCAGGUCAACUGCAGCUCAUACAGAAUAGGUACUCUAGUUCGGAAAUUAAAUACGUGUCCAUUUGGAUUGACCCCUGAAGGCAUGAUGGACUACUUGGCUAACAGUCAAGUAGCUAAUGAUACUGGCAUGAGAGAAUACGAAGGGAUGGUUUUUUCGGAUCAAAAGCCUGUACCUACUAUAGUGGAGAUCAUGAAUGGAACAAUUAAUGCCACUGCUACUUAUUCAAAUGUACCUUUAUUCGAUUAUACCGUUGAUUGUUCAAUAGAAUCUAAUCAAACAUUCGGGCAGAAUGUAAUUGAGAUUCAGCCUGGAAAAGGAGAAAAUGGCAUUCCUGGCAUAUUCUAUGUGAUGGCCAAUGAUACGAAAUUCCCCGAUAAAUUUGUAUUCUAUUCUGUUGCUGCAUGGGAAUCUAAUAAUGUAGUUGGUAUGGCAUCGUUUUCCUAUGGAAAUGGUACAGGUAAGAUCGUUUUUCCGGCAAUUGCCACAAUUAGAAGUCAGCUAAAUAGUACUGUAUGCGAUGUGAAAUAUACUCAACAACAAGGAGACGUAUAUAUAGAUUUUUCACGUAAAAAUGCAACUGUGACAACUACUACACCUGUGAUUCCUAACAAAGGACAACUAGAAAUAGCUGAUUAUACAAUCCUAUCUUUACAACAUUUGUCAAUGGUUGUAUCUCAACUUUAUCGGAGUCCGUUUGACGAAUAUCUUGGCAAUAAUACUGAUGGGAAUUUUUAUACACCUAUUAUAGCAGCUGAAGUCUAUUCUGCUUCCACAUGGUGGGCAUUUGGAUCUCAUGCAGUAAAUAAACCUGUAGAUGGGUGUACUGGUAUUAUGUCUGAAGAAAAUCGGAAUAAAAUAUUAGCACUACGUGAAACAAGGGAAGGACAUCUUCAAAUGACUAUUCCGACAGAUGGAAACGUACCAUCAGAAGAAUGCAAAUAUGCAGGCUAG